ACACACACACAUACACGCAGGAGGAGGAGGAGGUACAAGCGGACAGAGACGAGGCGCCGUGCGGUUAGUGAUUUGAAUCGAAUCUAUUUGCCUACUAAAUGUCGGCACGGGCUUGAAUGCGGUGGUACUGGAGCACGCACUGGCGGUGCCAGGCGAACUGCCUGCCUUCCAAACUGGACCCGUUUCACCUUUGAUGGUUUCAUGUGUCCGGUACUAUUCGAUGGCGCAGCGCUUGAAGAUGCACGAAACACCGCUGUAUCGUCUAGGGCGCCUGCAAGCGAUUGAAAAGCUCGAUGGAUUUUGCGCUCAGGAUGUAUUUGAUUGUGUUGUUGUUACGUUUCCACGGAAUGUCGAACCCGUGAGGACUUCCGCACAGUGCAUGGGAAUCGAUGAAGCAUGCGGAGCUAUCACCAUGUUGCCAGGAUAAAUGAUGAUUACCCUCAAUGAAAACAAGGAGGAGGGGUCUAGCUGCAGUACCAUGGCUGAAAAGGAGAACAAUCUAAAGACAGCCAGGUUAUGGAGAGAUGCAGCUUUGCGCUCCAGAAAGCUGAGGAGUGACCUGCGCCAGCUUACCCUCAGCACUAAAAAUAGCCAAAAAAUUACUCUUCCCGAAAACAUCAAGGACAUCGAGGUUCUGAACGUGGGUAACAACUGCCUUCAGGAACUCCCUGAGGGGUUGGGAUCAACGUUGACGAAACUGCGUAUCCUUAUCCUUCGCAGAAACAAGUUUGCCACUGUUCCCCAAGCAGUGUUUUUGCUCAGUCAGUUGGUAGAGCUGGAUAUUAGCCAUAAUUGCCUGAGUCAUUUUUCGGAAGAUAUUGUGCUGCUGAAGGGCUUGAAAAAGCUCUGCAUUAGCCACAACAAAAUUCAGUACCUGCCCUCGGGAAUUGGAGCUCUACAGUGCUUGGAGGAGCUGGAUAUCAGUUUCAAUGAGCUCCAUGAUUUUCCCAGGUCCUUCUCCCAGCUCAGGAAGCUCCGCACACUGGAUGCGGAUCACAACAAGCUACACCAUUUUCCUCUGGAAAUCCUGGCUUUAAGUGACCUGGAGGAACUAGACUGCUCUGGGAAUAAAUUUGAGUGUCUCCCCAAUAACAUUAUGAUGCUGGAGUCUAUCAAAAUCAUGUGGCUUAGCAACACUCUAAUAUCAUCUUUGCCAGAGACUUUCUGUGACCUCCAAAACCUGGAGAGCCUCAUGCUGGAUGGCAACGUGCUGGCAACUCUGCCCCAGUCUUUUGGGAAGCUGCAAAAGCUGAAAAUGCUUAAUCUCUCCUCGAACCUGUUUGAGGAUUUCCCCCAAGUCAUCCUCCGAAUCCGCGCUCUGGAGGAGUUGUAUUUGAGCAGAAACAGACUGACAUUUCUCCCAGAGGAGCUUGGCCAGCUGAUCAAGUUGGCCAACUUGUGGCUGGACAAUAACAAAAUCACCUAUCUUCCAGACUCAAUUGUGGAUCUGGAGAGACUCGAGGAGCUCGUUUUACAGGGUAACCAAAUUGCCAUUCUUCCGGACAACUUUGGAAAGCUCGCCAAAGUGAACAUUUGGAAGGUGAAGGAUAAUCCUCUCAUUCAGCCUCCCUAUGAGGUCUGCAUGAAAGGUAUCCCUUACAUAGCAGCCUAUCAGAAAGAGCUGGCCAACUCUCAGCCUGCAGUGAAGCCCAGAUUAAAGCUGGUGUUAAUGGGGCAGAAGAAUGCGGGGAAAACCUGCCUCAGGCAGUGUGUUGUCAACAAAGCACAGGACGCAAAGACCCAGGCGGGAAACAAUGGCAUCGACGUGACGAACUGGGUGGCGGACAUCGCCAGAAGUCUCACGUUUAUAGUUUACGAUCUGUCAGGGAUGCAGAACUAUGACCUGAUCAAGCCCUUCUUCCUCUCCCCGGGGGCCCUCUAUAUCCUGGUGGUGAAUCUGAAAACGUAUUCCCCCCGGAGCUUCAAAGACCACGUGGGCUUCUUCCUCCACCUGCUGAGUGCCAAGGUGCCCCACGCGGUGGUGCUGAUGGUGGGCACGCACAUGGACCUGUGCGAGGAGGUGGAGCUGGAGGAGAAGUGCCUGGACAUCCACCGGCAGAUCUCGCUGCAGGAGCGGCACGCUACCGACUGCCUGCGGAGCAUGGCCGAGCAGGUGGACGAGGCACUGGCGCUGGGCUUCGACGUGCGGACGUCCAGCCCGCACGUGCUCUUCUACGGCGUGUCCGACAAGAACCUGCGGCGCAAAAAGGCCCAGCUGCAGUACCUGCUCAACCACCGGCUGCAGAUCCUGUCGCCGGUGCUGCGCGUGAGCUGCGCGGGUGAGGAGCAGCGCAACGUCGAUCGGCUCAAGGAGAAGCUGAUGUCGGUCGCCGACCACCGGGAUAUCUUCCCCAACCUCCACCGCGUGCUGCCCAAGUCCUGGCAGAUGCUGGAGGAGCUCCACGUCAAGCCGCAGGACCUCUGGCUCUCCUGGUGGGACUCGGCGCGCCUGGGCCUCCAGGCGGGGCUGACCGAGGACCGUCUGCAGAGCGCGCUCUCCUACCUGCACGAGUCCGGGAAGCUGCUCUACUUCGAGGACAGCCUCACGCUCAAGGAGUACGUCUUCCACAACCUGCCGCGCUUCAUCGCCAUCCUCAACGUCUUCUUCCAGCGCGACGCCGACGUCAUGCUGGACCGCCUGCUGGCCGAGACUGACGGGGAGGACCGCGUGCGCGCCGCGCAGAUGAAGCACCUGGCCGAGGGCUUCCUGCAAAACGGCCUGCUGCCGUCCAACGUCAUCCGGCUGCUGUUGCAGCCUCUCGUCCAGACGCAGCAGGACCUGUCGCUCAUCAUGGAGCUGCUGGAGAAGAUGGGCGUCUGCUACUGCAUCAACAAGCCACGCACCAAGCCGCUCAACGGCGCCACCGUCUGGUACAAGUUCCCCAGUCACGUGAGCAACGAGGAGCCGCACGGCCAGGACUGGUGGGUGAGCGGGACGUCGGGGGCGGCAGGUGGGGUGACGCCCGUGUCCAGCCAGCUCUUCUCCGUGGAGCAGCUGCAGAUCGAGUACAGUUUCCCCUUCCUGUUCCCGCCGGGUCUGUUCGCACGCUACAGCGCCCAGAUCAACGCGCACGUGGUGCAGCGCUCCGACAGCCGCCACCAGAUCUUCGCCUACCGCGGCAAGGUGCCCGUGGUGGUCAGCUACCGGCCCUCCCGCACGCGGCUGCAGGCUGAGGUGUUGUCCAUAGCCAGCUACGCGUCUUUGCCAAAUAUCUGGACAGCUUGGCAGGCCGUCACCCCCCUGGUGGAAGAGUUGAAUGUCCUUCUGCUGGAGUGGCCAGGCCUCCACUACUCGGUGCAUGUCCUGUGUUCCAAGUGCCUGAAACGAGGCUCGCCAAACCCACAUUCCUUCCCAGGCGAGCUACUGAGCCAGCCCCGACCAGAAGGCCUGACUGAAAUCAUCUGCCCCAAAAACGGCUCCGAGCGGGUCAACGUGGCGCUCGUGUACCCCCCCACCCCCACCGUGGUCAGCCCCUGUCUCAAGUGACUCUCUGCCUCCAUGGCUGCCCGUACCACGCCUUGCUCUUGCCCCUCCUGGGCUACUCCCGGCUUCCCCUUGGACCUGUCCCAAACACCCCCCCUCUCCCAGGGGGUCGCUCCUGUGUCUGACCCCCACCUCACCUGGAGCCCCAGGGCCUCACCCCGACCUGCUCAGGAGAACACAGCUUGACUAAACACACACACACAGUUGGGACAACACCCACACACACACAAGGAGAAUGAUUCUUAAUGAUUAAUUUGAUCUCCCAGUUGAGUGGUCAAUUGUGCAGCACCCAUGAUUCACAUGUUAAAGAAUUGCCAUGGAAUUGUCAUGGCUUAAACUCCUAAGGUUGCCAUGACAAAAAAAAGAAUGAUAUGGUAUGGAUUGGCAACCACUCAUGUGUACUAUAUGUUCGACGCAACAUGUGCCCCCCUCCCUGGUUAAGCCUCUCUCUGUUGGAGACAAACGACUGGUUAGAACUCUCUUUGUUGGGGACGGAUGACUGGUUAGACCUCUCUCUGUUUGGGUAUUGGGGACAGACAACUGGUUAGGCCUCCAUGUUGGGGACAGACGACUGGUUAGACCUCUUUCUGUUGGGGACAGACGACUGCUUAGAACUGUCUCUGUUGGGGACAGAUGACUGGUUAGAACUCUCUUUGUUAGGGACGGAUGACUGGUUAGGCCUCUCUGUUAGGGACAGACGACUGGUUAGACCUCUUUCUGUUGGGUAUUGGGGACAGACAACUGGUUAGGCCUCUCUGUUGGGGACAGACGACUGGUUAGAACUCUCUUUGUUGGGGACAGACGACUGGUUAGGCCUCUCUCUGUUGGGGACAGAUGACUGGUUAGAACUCUCUCUGCUGGGGAGCACACGCUUGGUCACAGGCAUGUCUUUCUCACUCCUUUCGGGAGGAUGAAGUUGUAGCCACAGUGCCUGCCCACAGUCUCAAUCACAGCUGUGGUUCCAGCACACAGACGCACAUCUCUGGUCACACAGCCUCAACACACACACACACACACACACACACACACACACACACACACACACAGUAGGCCCAAGCCUCUGGUCAGUGGAGUACUACACCUGUGCUAGGAGAGGUGGAGAGGGGAACAGACCAAUGGAUGGAUGGACGGGUGCAUGGGGGAGGGGACAGGAUCUCAUGUUGGACAGAAAACAGCCUCUUUCAAAGAUGCGACUGGACUGGGCGGCAAAAGAUGUGUGGACUAUUAGACGGCUUGUCACACACACACACACACACAAACACACACACACACACACACACACACACACAUACACAAACACACUCACCAAGCCUCACAAAGGUGCAAUCCAAACACAGAUAUCUGAGAGUGUAGUUUCAAAAAUGUUGCAUAUUAAAGUGCAGGGUUAGUCGGACAUCAACCACAAAUUCAGCAUAACCUAUUCAUAGCCUCCAUUCCCAUUCAUGACGUUUUGAACUUUUCCCAACACACCGACAUGGUAAAUGCACUCCUCUUCACUUCCUGUGUUGUGUUCGGUGCAUGUGCACCCUCCUCUGGAAGAGAAAGCCCGGACUGGUUGUUGGCAACACCUACUGUCGUCAAGGAGAUGACCACAGCCAAUGGCUCGUCAGUUAAGAGGCAGGAGAAAGCCCCUCAUCCUCACGGACAUGAGCAGGUGUUGAGUAAGUCGCACCAAAUUUGAUAUCAGCUCCUGUGCUGCCCUGUUUUGUCACCCUCUCGAAGAGUGCCCAGUUGUCGUCGGUGAUACUCAGGCCUCCUCGUCCUCUGUGUCUCCUCUCCAUUUUGUACAGUACGUCUGAGCAGACCAGAGGCUUCUCAGGAGGGUUGUGUAACAGGAGGCACCUCCAUACAAGCCAAGGAUAUUACUCUUUUUGUGGAUUGUGGGAAGGGUUUGGGAUAUAUCAUGCCAUGCCCUAGUGCAGACAUGUGUGGUUUGGGAAGCACUAAACAUUGUUUUAAGCAUUGUUCCAAAAAAAUUUGUAUAUUUGUGUGUAUAUACAAAUGUGUACAGAGCAGUUAAAGAGGAAGACAUUGUAGGUGUGUUGAGUCGGGCAACAUGUCAUUAAUCAGCACUCCAUUAUAUCACAAAUGGCGAAGAAGAAUCCAUGUCAGUAGUUUCCUUGCGGGGGACCUGGGCGGGGGGCGUAUUGCAAUAUGUCAAAUGUUGACACUUUUUUGUAUAUAAUAUUUUUAUUUUUGUAAGUCGACUGAAGGUUGUCACCGGUCCACCUUCUUCACCGUUAUUCAGAACUGAGCAUUGUGCAUGACCCACCUGCUGGAUGUCAGAAUGUGCAGUGCAAAGGGUUUUAUAUUCUCUCAGAUAGCCGCCAUCUCUGGAACGAAUCUGGCUCUGAUCUGACCUUCGUCUGGCCUGGGUCUGGCCUUCAUCUGGCUCUGAUCUGGCCUGGGUCUGGCCCUGAUUCGUGCCAGGUGUCCGCUCUCUGGGAUUUCUUGCUGGUUCGUCCAUUUCACACUUCAUGAAAAAGCACCAAAUACAAUAAACAAAUAAAAAAGGUUUCAAUAUAAA